UCAUGUGCGAUGCUGAUUUUUGGACAAUUUACUUUUAUCUACUAACUACUAACACUUCCAUAAGAGUCCACCCUUCCGACCUUUUACCCCCGUCCACGGUAUUUGGAUCUUUUUUUAAAUCUUGUAUGAGAUUGAAGAAGUAUCGACGCCACUGUUACAGAAACGAUAAGACUCGACGAGACUACUAUAUUUUAUUUCCGAUUCGAUAUCGCCUUAACCAUGGGACAAGGCCAAUCCACUGCCUCUUCAGGGAAUGUAGUUCAAGAGGAAGGUCAUCGUAACAAGCGGCCAAGGUCCGAAUUUGAAGCACCCCCUUCCAAUCCGAAUGUUCCUCCACAACAACCUCUACGACCCAUUAAGCUCCGUGGUAAGAUGUCAACAUACAACGCCUCAAAACAAGGAAGAACGGGCCAAGAGGGUUCCUGGAAUAUAGGUCUAAUCCUCAAGAACAUCAAGAUGAGGUUUGUCCCAACAUAUUCUAAUUUCACGUUUCGUAAACCCCGAAGCCCAACUAAAAGGAAACGCGGCGACAAUAGUGAAGAAGAAGAAGAAGACGACCAAGAAAUAAUGGAAAUAGAAGAUGAAAAUGGCUCUGGAACAUCUCAAGCAAUCGUUCCGUGGAGUGAUAAAGGGCGAAAAAUUGCGCAAGGUUGGCGCAGAUUGCAGCAACCCCCAAAGGAAAUGGAACUCGAUUGAUUAACCUGUAACCUCUCAAUUGUCUAAUUUUACAUUAAUCCAGAUUUUAUUUUUAAUCCAUAAUAGCUAUGGGAACAAUAUAUAUAUAUGCCCCGACGCUAUGUUGCCCAUGUCAAUAUCCUCUCUCCACGUAUAUAAGGUAGAAAAAAACGUUCUUUGUGAGCCAAGCUCAAAUGCUCCUCAGUCAGUGUAAAUUCUGAAUAAGGGUGACAUUCAUUCCUUUUUGAGCCGCUUUAAUUCGGUUAAAAUUUAAAAUAGAAAGGAAAAUUUUCUAACGUUUUAAAAUUUUUAUGAUAUUUGUACUGGGGCUGUUAGUAAAGUGUAGUAAAAAAAUUUUAUGUUAUUGUCGGAAUUAAAAGCUGAAAUUGAAUUUAUACCAGUUCACAGUUUAUCAAAAUUAUUCAAUAUUAUGUUUGAUAAGAUAGGAUAAUUAGUUUUAGUGUCAUCGGCCGGCUCCUUUAGUGCAUUAUAAGAAGUUUAAAUUAGUUAUAAUGGGGUCACAUUCGAAUAAAGUGGUUGCUUAUUUUUACGACUCGGAUGUUGGCAAUUUUCAUUAUGGAUAUUUCAAUCUGUUAACAGGGGCUGGUCAUCCAAUGAAGCCUCACAGACUUUCAGUAACACAUAGUUUGGUUUUAAAUUAUGGGUUGUACAAGAAAAUGCAGCUCUACCGACCUUACCGAGCCAGUGUUCACGAUAUGUGUCGAUUUCACUCGGAGGAAUAUAUCGAAUUUUUGCAAAGAGUGACCCCACAAAAUAUUCAAGGAUUUACAAAAAGUCUUAGCUCCUUUAAUGUGGGAGACGAUUGCCCUGUGUUCGACGGUCUGUUCGAUUUUUGUUCCAUGUACACCGGUGCUUCGUUGGAAGGGGCAGUAAAACUUAAUAAUAAAUGUGUCGACAUCGCCAUCAAUUGGUCGGGAGGGUUGCAUCAUGCCAAGAAAACGGAGGCCUCAGGAUUUUGCUAUGUGAAUGAUAUCGUCAUUGCUAUUUUGGAAUUGUUAAAAUAUCAUCCCAGAGUUCUUUACAUUGAUAUUGAUAUCCAUCAUGGUGACGGAGUUCAAGAAGCAUUUUAUCUAACGGAUAGAGUAAUGACGGUGUCUUUUCACAAGUAUGGAAAUUUCUUCUUUCCUGGAACAGGCGACAUGUACGAGGUUGGAGCCGAAAGUGGUAGAUAUUACUCUCUUAAUGUUCCAUUAAAAGAAGGGAUUGAUGAUUCAAAUUACGCUCAAGUUUUUAAACCGGUUAUCCAAGGGGUCAUGGAGUUUUAUCGACCAACUGCAAUUGUACUCCAGUGCGGGGCCGACUCGCUAGCAAAUGACAGAUUAGGUUGUUUCACCCUUAGUACGAAAGGACACGGUGAAUGUGUCAAAUUCGUGAAGGAGCUAAAUGUCCCCUUGCUGGUGUUGGGUGGUGGGGGGUACACCGUACGAAACGUUGCUCGCUGUUGGACAUAUGAAACAUCUCUGCUAACCGAUGAGUCUAUUUCCAAUGAACUUCCAUAUACUGAAUACUUUGAGUAUUUUGCACCAGAUUUUACACUGCAUCCUGAGGUUGUAACUCGUCAGGAGAACGUUAAUACGAAACAGUAUCUAGAUUUAAUUGUCAAGCAUGUAUUAGAGAAUUUAAAAAUGUUGGAUAAUGCACCCAGCGUGGAAAUGCAUGACGUUCCUCCAGAUGCCUUAAGCCUUGAUGUUGUCGAAGAAUACAACGACAAUGAAAGAAUUCACCAAUCUGAAGAGGAUAAACGUGUCGAGCCCGCAAAUGAGUUUUACGAUGGAGACAAAGACCAGGAUGGUGACACGGAAAUGCCAGAAGACACGUGAACAAUAACGUCAAAGUAUUUACCACGUAAUUAAUCUUACUCUAUGAAAUAAUCGUUGUUUAUAUGUAACUUGGCUAGGUAUAUUUGGGUUUCAGUUAGUUGAGCACAAUUCCCCCCCCCCCUCCACUUAUUAUUCAUAAUGUAAUUUACAAAGCCACGUUCUAUUCAUGAAACCUGGUUUUGAGCAGUACUUAAUUUAUAAGGGAUGUUGUAUAUACUUUUACUUACUUUUACUUGCAUGCAUAUGUAAUGCGGUCAUGUAGAUGUUGGCCUGAUCUGUGAUCCAUUAUUUUUCGUAACAGGAAUUAUUGUUUAUUGUUUAUUAUUAUUAUUGUUUCUUAGCAUGCUCCGAAUUGGUAGCUAUAUACUUUCAGUGAACGUUAUAUCCGUCCAUCUGUCUGUCUGUCGAACAUUUUGAAGUUCUACCGUCGAAUAUUUAGAACAUCGGGUAUAACCUUCGAUCGUAGAGGUUACCAAAUUUUAAAUACUAACUCCAAUUUUAUGUGGUAUCAUUAUUAGAAAUAAGUAUAAGGUAUAUGACAUUACAAAAUAUGACGUGCCCUUCGGUGUGGGGUCAAAUCAGCGCACCGCAUAGAAUAAGAUAUCGUUAGAACGCUGUGGGAAAUGGGAUGAAAUUUGCAAAUUGUUUACCUCUCCGCCACCUUGAGAGAAUCGUCUAGUGUUUUGAAAAUCAUUAAUUGGGUUUUGGAUACGUAUUUAUGUACAACGUUCAUUCAAAGUAUGUACUACCGCUACUUUUUUUAUAUAUCUGUUUACUAUCGUUUAUUGUUGAAUAAUACAUUAUAUUUGGUUGUGUUUAUGCCGUAGAAAAAUGUUUUACCUUCACGUCAGCCUCAUCGAACAAUAGACAAUCAUACACAAUUUGUUUCCAUCACCAUUACACUUUCAUUCAUUGUUAAGAUGAAUUGUGUUUUAAAUGAUUUGUAAUUAUUUAACCUGAUUAAAUCAUUUUACAAUUGGAUGGAUUUCUCCAUGUUAAACAUAUUUUUAAUUCGGUAAUGUCCCAAAGUUUUAUACAGUGCACUAAUAGAUAUGUCUUAUGUGGAUACCAGUUUGUAUGCUGAAUUUAGAUGUGCAAGUCUUUGCUACUGUGCGUGGUUGGUGGGUGGGUGUGUUGAUUAUAUAUUUUGAAUAAAUCCAUGAAAAACAAA